CGUGUUUCCAAAUGUGAUAUGCUUCAAGGUUGUCGUUUUUAAGAAGACUUCUUUAUUGCCGGAAACGUGGCUGGCAAUAGGAAAAUGUGGGUGACGGCAGACAGUCGAGAACCAACCGAGGUGACAGACUGUCAAAGUGUGGCUCCCUCUAGUGGUCCGAAAAAUAACGAGCGAAUUCAAGCUUCAAGCUGCACAAUACUCCAUUUGCAACAGGAGCCAAAUGGAGCGCGCAGCACACGCACGAUGGAGUCCCUGAUGAGCGCGGCGUCGCCCCGCUCCCCGGCGCCCGGCAACAAGUUCUCCGAGGUGGACUUCCGCUCCGGCGCCACCCUGGAGCGGCUGUCCGCUCAAGUGUCCGAGCUGGUCCUGCUGGAGCGGGGCGGCUUCGGGGACCAGACGGCAUUGGAGGUCCACAUGGCGAAGGAUUUCAUUUUCAACAUGUUAGGUUUAGUCCAGAAGGUGGACCAGCGCCUGCCGGUGGCCAACGAGUACCUGCUGCUGUCCGGAGGGGCCCGAGAGGGCGUCUUGGACCUGAACCCGGAGGACCUGGGCGACUACGCCAAAGGCGCCGACUUCGACCUGGACUUCACCCUGCUGGUGCCGGCCCUCAAGCUCCACGACCGCGACCGGCCCGUCACCCUGGACAUGAGGCGCUCGCCGCCGUGCCACUCGUGGCUCAGCCUGGGCCCGUGCGACUCCGACACCCUGGCCCGCUGGAGCGUCUGCUGCCAGGAGGAGAGCGCGCUUCCCGCUGAGGAAGAGGGAGAAACGGGUACUAAGAAACAACAAGACUUCCAAAAGUUAGCCCGAGGCCACGGUGAGAGAAUCUCGGGUUCAGCCCUCCUUCCCUUUCCCUUUCCCGGCCCAGGAAAAGGCUCCGUCCCCUCGCCGGACGGGUGCUACUUCUCCCCCGCCCUGGUGACGGACUGGUUCUGGGGCGCGGUGAGCGAGGCGGUGGACGAGCUGCGCCGAAGCCCCCAGAGAGGCAUUCCCACCGCCGAGCGGCUGGAGAGGAACGGCCCGCUCACGACCAUCGUCCUUCAGGCGGGCUCCAGCAGGGUGCUGUACGACCUCCUGCCCGUGGUGUCGUUUCGGGGCUGGCCCGCCGUGGCUCAAGGCUGGCUGACGGCGAACCACUUCUGGGACGGCAAAAUCACCGAGGAGGAGGCCAUAUCGGGCUUCUACCUGCUGCCCUGCUGCUCGCCGCCGGGCGGCCGCCCCGACAGGGAGUGGAGGCUGGCUUUCUCCCGCAGCGAGGUUCAGCUGAAGAAGUGCAUCCCGUUCCCCAUGGCGCAGGCUUUCCAGGCCGCCAAGGCGGCGCUGACCGGCAUCCUGGCCCGUCCCCGAGCGGGCCUCGGUCUCUACCACCUGCGCACUCUUCUCUUUUGGGCUUGCGAUCGACUUCCCGCCGCCUACCUGUCCCGCCCCGACUCGGACGCUCCCGGCCGCCUGCUCUUGGGUCUCCUGGACGACCUAGCGCAUUGCAUCCUGGGUAAAAACUGCCCAAACUACUUCCUGCCGCAGCGCAACAUGCUGGAGCACCUGACGGACGGCCAGGCGCUCCUCGCGGCCCGGAAACUAGCCCACGUGCGGUCCGACCCCGGCGAGCACCUACGGGCCGCUCUGGACCGAGCCCGGCAGGCGGGCCGGCUCAAGGAGGAGCUGGCGACCGGCGGCGACGGCUCUCCGGGGCGUCGCCCGCUCGACGGCGUCGUCUCGCCUUCCGAGGACGGGCUGGCCCGGCGUCUGCGGCGGCUGGUCACCGAGAACCCCGGGAAAUCCAUCUCGGUCUUCCUCGACCCGGACGACGUCACCCGGCCGCACUUCCGCAUCGACGACAAGUUCUACUGACGCCCCCGUGGGGAAAUGUCGGCGAUGGAGGAAGGAGCGCGGUUGAAGCGGCGGCGGCGGCGGCCCCCGUCUCGCUCUUCCGUCGACAAGCCCGGGCCGCGGCCGCCUCCUCGCGAGCGAACCUCAACGGCGCCCGGACGAGGCUGAUCAAAUCACAGACACUCCGAAUGAGGGCCUCCGGCUGCCCACGUGGUUGAUUUUGUUUCCCGUUUCACGAUGGGCGUGUGACGUUCACGAGCAGAAAGCAAGACGGACAGGAGGAGGAUGCGACUGAAUGUAACGUUGCGGCGUCUCUUCUCGUUCGCGGCCGCCGAUGUUUCGCUUCUGCUCGUCUUUCUCAGGUACCGAGAAUCCUUAAAUUGCUCUUCGCUUGCUUGGUUGGCCAACGGAAUGUACCAAAGAGAAACACGCGCGCAGGAACCGGCCGCUGUAAUUGCAGAUUGAGACAUUUCUCUCAAAUGAGUGUCUUUCCUCAUCCAUUCUUCGCUUCGAUGAACGACUCUUUCAUGUUUGACGUGAAGAAAGGCGACGCUCGCUGUUGCAUUCUUUUUUGCAAAAUGACACAAUGUGUUUUCUUGGAACAAAGCUGCUCUCUCUCUCUGCAAGUUUACUGCUGAAUACUGAAUACUACUCAGUGCGCGCGUGUGUGUGUCUUUUGAAACCGAUGGACAACCAAAGUGUGCAGAAUGUUGACUGCGGUGCAUUUAAAGUGGAAAAAACCAAUAUCGUGCAGAAUAGUAAUCGUUUUUAAUUGUGCCGUGCGGGGUUAGCAUGAGAGCGAGCGUCCGCGCUACUUUCUUUUCUUCUUGCUGCUGUUUGGACUCCAACUGCUAAACUCAACUGGUUCUUUUCAAUAUCUCUCACUACUUAAGUGCUAAUUAUUGUGAGGACGAUUCUCAUUUUGGGCUGGAACAUGACUGAUUUAAUGUAUUGAUGAUUAACACUUGAUUCCGAGGGCUUUCUAUUGAUCGGUUUGAGCUUUGGCAUUCAAUAAAUGACUUGUAUCAAG